AUGUAUGUGAAAUGCUUUGAUACAGUAAUGUUUUACUAUGUGAUUUUAGUGUAUUUAGUGAAUGUCACUUUUUGUCAUUUUCAAAUUUCCCGCCGUUCCGUCCCCCGUACGUCCCGACGCUCGCAGGGAACAGAACCCAGAAGACAGAUGCCGGCAUCGGCCAGAGGACAUUACAGGGGACACUGCAGGAGGGACAUCGCGGGAGCACAGGACAAGGUAACAGAAGAACAGAUCCUGGAGCAUCGCCGCAUGGUAAGCCCGAGUGUAGCUCGGGGUUUCCGCUUGUGCUACACUUGGGAAUACCGCCAGGGAGGCUAC